AUGCGGCUGAGAUCAGCGCGCUUAGUAUGGCUGCUGGCGUGCUUUUCCGUUUUCUCAGCCAUUUUUUCAUUUCCAACAGUGGGUGCCAGCGAUUCUAAAAGUCCGGUCGUUGAUGGGAUCAAAAACGCACUUGACGUCAGUACGGGAACAUCUCGCGAAGAUGUGCACGUUGCCAGACCUGCUAAAUUCAAGAAAACAACGCCCAGGACUGAGCGACCAGUUAAUGUCGCAAGCGACUGUUUCUCGGAUAAAAAUCGCGAUUUCGACUUGGAAUAUUCGUCCGCGCCGCUAGAAGUUUAUCCGGUACCCAUAUAUCACAAAUCAUCUCCUUGGAGCUCGUCGGGGGGAAAUUUCGAGGGGUUGACUUUAACUUCGUACAUAAUAGUGACAGAUGUGGAAGGUGGAAUCCAUGCGAUAGAUCGCGAAAACGGCAAGCUAUUAUGGAGCCUACAAGGUGAAGGACUUGCACCCUUAGUCAAAGUUGAAAAUUUUUCGAAUUCCACUCUCGAGAAAUUGAUCGUUGAGCCUUACGGCGAUGGUGCAAUAUUCUAUUUUAAUGCAUUUCGUGGGCUACAAAAAUUGCCAUUAACCAUAAAGGAGCUAACAGACGCAUCUCCCAUGGAUCUCAAAACAAAUUUUGUCAUCAACGAGAAAGGUGCGAUGGUCGAAGACGAAAAAAUCUACACGGGAUCUCGGUCUGGUGCGGUUUACACGGUGGACCUUUCAAGUGGUGAGCUUAUUUCUGCAUUUGGGCCAGGGACCGCCAACAAACAAUUUAAAUCGUUUGGACGUGAUACCGGCCUUCCCAGAGGUAACCAUAGCCACCGCAACAACGUAUGUGUGCUAGGCAAGUCUACGUUUGACUUGGGUAUUCACUCGCAAGAAGGAACGGUUUACAACCUGACAUAUGGGGUCUGGCAACAUAACAACGUGGAUAGCUUCAUGGUAAACACCAGCUAUCGGCCUGAAGACGGCCUACAUGUAAUGAUUUUCAAGAACAACACACUUUUAGCCGUUGAUACCGAGAUGCAUAUGGUUUCUUGGAUUUCGGUACCUUUCCAAAAUGCAAUAAAUAGCAUCUUUGAUGUGGUUGUUGAUGAAAACCGAGGAGAGAAUGUCAUUAUGUGCCGUCCCUUUACUUUGGGGGACAAAACUGUGUCGAGCUCUGAAGUUUUUUUGGGUCAAACUCAUGACAAGUCUUGGUUUGCGAUGUCUGGGGACAAUUACCCAUCGCUGGUCGCGUCAGCGCCUAAAGCAGCUUUUAGAGCAGAUGAGUUGUGGAAGCUUGGGUCGGAUGCUAUUAACGAACACCACUUAGAGCAAAUCAUCUUGGGUGUGCACCAUCUGCGAGAGCUAGACUUUGCGCCUAUUUCUCAAGAUAGAGUUUUACCCUCUUCUGUCACCUUCCCAGCAGCGUCUCGAUUAUCAAUUGGUGGACGUACAAAUGAUGCUUCCAAAGGGAAAGAACUUGUCGUAAAGAGCUCGUUUAAUGAAUUGGAGAGAUAUGUUUCUGCAAGCGACCUCUUGGCAUACAAAUUACAGGUGGAAAAGGAAUUUACAGACAACUUGGUAAAAAUUAAUGAAGACAGUUUAUCUCACCGAUUUGUUAGUUUCAUUUAUCGAGUUUUUGAGGGGGGGUUGAUGUUAGUUCUUUCUUUUGUCAUGCUGGGCUUCCUUGCAAAAGUCAAAGCCAUCCCACCAAUUCACAAAAUUCUCGAGAGAGUUGGGAUCCUAGCUCAACACGAAUUGAAGUCCCAAGAAGUUGCAGAAAAUGUUUCCAAAAACAAAAUUAGAGACAUUUUUGUUCCAUCUGAACAUGAGGAGGCUAGGAAAGAAAGGUCACCUUCGGAUUCUGACGUUGGUGAGGCAGAAAAGUCGAAUGGCCUCUCCUCCACAGAUAAGAAGAAAAGGAAGCGAGGAUCAAGGGGUGGGAAAAAAAUGAAGAGAAAGACUGAGGUUGACUUUACCGAUCAAGUUGACGUCCGGCAAUUUGACUUUGAAAAUGAUUUGAAACAUCUCACUAUUUCGGAUAAAGUUCUCGGAUAUGGUUCAGCGGGAACUGUUGUGUUUCAGGGAAGCUUUCAAAAUAGACCAGUGGCAGUAAAGAGAAUGCUCAUUGAUUUUUACGAGGUUGCUACGAAAGAAAUUCUUUUAUUGACGGAGAGUGACCAUCAUCCUAACGUGGUCCGAUAUUUUUGUUCUGAAGCAACUGAAAGGUUUCUAUACAUAGCAUUGGAGUUAUGCACUGGGACUUUGGAAGACGUAGUUGAGCAGAAAAAAGCAUCGCAAGCAUUGUUAGGAUUGAAGCAAGCUAUCGAUCCAAUUGAGAUUUUGACUCAGGUGGCUCAGGGGGUAGCGCACUUGCAUUCAAUGCGAAUUGUUCACAGGGACUUGAAACCUCAAAAUAUUCUUAUCGCAUCGUCGCGCAAAUCUUCUCGCGCCAGCGAAAUGACGGGUUCACCAAGAAUUCUGAUUUCUGAUUUUGGGCUAUGCAAAAAGCUGGACGGAGAUCAGUCUUCCUUCCAGCCCACAGCUGUUAACGCGUCGGGAACGGUGGGAUGGAGAGCUCCUGAGCUUUUGAAUGGUUCUGUUCAAGUCAAUAGUGGGCUGGGCCCGGUCCUCAGUGAAUCCACAACUUUGCAAGCGGUAGAUUCUGAUGCUUCGUCCCAGAGGCUGACGUUCUCGAUUGAUAUAUUUUCACUAGGGUGCAUAUUUUAUUAUGUUCUCUCGGGCGGCAGUCAUCCGUUUGGUGAAAGAUAUAUUAGAGAGGCAAAUAUUUUGAGAGGGAAAUAUGUUCUCGAUAAACUGCACUAUUCGCUAAACCGCAAGUCCUCGGUCCUGGAGGCGAAGGAUCUAAUAUCACGCAUGAUAGACGUGAACUCUGUUCGGCGUCCAUCUGCUUUAGAUGUGCUAAAGCAUCCACUAUUUUGGUCUGUGUCUAAGAAGUUAGAGUUUUUGCUGAAAGUCAGCGAUCGAUUUGAAAUUGAAAUACGAGAUCCACCUAGCUUUCUUUUAGAAAAGCUCGAAGAAAAGGCCAAUCUUAUCAUACCUAACCGGGAUUGGACCAGAAAAUUUGAUAAAGUGUUCAUGGAGAAUUUGGGGAAGUACAGAAAGUACAAUGGCGACAAGGUGAUGGACCUACUGAGAGCUUUCCGCAAUAAAUACCAUCAUUUCAUGGACCUUCCAGAAGAGUUAGCUGAGGUUAUGGGACCCAUUCCGGAUGGAUUUUACCUAUUUUUCGUGCAACGAUUUCCGAACUUGCUGUUAGAGAUACACCUACUCGUCAAGCAGUACUUAAGAGACGAUCAAAUCCUCAAAGCAUUCUGUUAA